AUGGCUUCCACCAACACAAAAGAAGUUGUAGCAGAGAUUCCUUCAUAUAUCCGAGUCUUCAAAGAUGGGACCGUGGAACGGCCGCGACAAACACCAUUCAAGCCAGCGUUACUUGAUGACCCACAAACAGGAGUCUCAUCCAAAGACAUUAUCAUCUCACACAACCCCACAAUCUCAGCUCGCCUUUACCUUCCAAAACUCACUUCAUCAAAUGAGAAAGUUCCAAUCUUGGUCUACUUUCAUGGUGGUGGUUUCUUCUUUGAAUCCGCUUUCUCCCAGCUUUACCAUGACCAUUUCAACUCCUUUGUUCUCAAAACAAAUGUUAUAGUUGUUUCUGUUGAGUACAGACUGGCUCCAGAACACCUUCUCCCUGCAUGUUACCAUGAUUGCUGGGUCGCACUCCAAUGGGUCUCAACCAAAGCAGAGUCAUGGUUGAUUAAUCAUGGUGAUUUUAACAGAGUUUCCAUUGGGGGUGACAGUGCUGGUGGUAAUAUUGUGCAUAACAUAGCCAUGCGUGCUGGCACUGAGGCUUUACCUGGUGAUGUUAAAGUAUUUGGAGCUAUUUUUUCGCAGCCUUAUUUCUACAGUUCAUACCCAAUUGGAUCUGAACCUGUUGUAGAUCAUGAGCAGAAACUUGCCUAUGUGGUUUGGAAAUUGGUGUACCCAUCUGCGCCUGGUGGUAUUGAUAACCCCAUGGUCAACCCUGUAGCUCCAGGGGCACCUAGUUUGGCUGGACUUGGGUGUUCCAAGAUUAUUGUGUGUGUUGCUGGCAAGGAUGGUUUAAGGGACAGAGGGGUUUGGUAUUAUGAGGCUGUGAAGAAGAGUGGUUGGCAAGGGAAAUUGGAACUGUUUGAAGAGAAAGAAGAGGAUCAUGUUUAUCAUAUCUUUCAUACAGAAUCUGACAAUGCCAAGAAAUUGAUCCAACGCUUGGCUUCGUUUCUCCAUGAUGAGCUAGUCUUUUUCCACCUUCCUCCUUGGUUCACUCCUCCUUCACUCUCUUUUUCUAUUAUUUUCCUUAAUUCAAUGGCUUCUGCAACCUCAGCAACAACCUCCAAAGAGAUAGACAGAGAGCUUCCCCCUCUUCUGUGUGUCUACAAGGAUGGAACUGUGGAACGUUUUCUUGGCUCUUCCUUUGUGCAACCCUCCCUUGAAGAUCCUGACACAGGGGUCGCAUCCAAAGACAUAGUCAUCUCAGUAAACCCUUCCAUCAAAGCUCGCGUUUAUCUUCCAAAAUUGAGCAACCCUCAGAGCCAAAAGCUUCCAAUCUUGGUCUACUAUCAUGGUGGCGCGUUUUGCCUUGAAUCUGCAUUCUCCUUCCUCCACCAACGCUACCUUAACAUAGUAGCUUCACAAGCAAAUGUUCUAGUGGUUUCUGUGGAGUAUAGGCUCGCACCAGAACACCCUCUUCCUGCAGCAUAUGAAGAUGGUUGGGAUGCUUUCAAAUGGGUGACAUCCCAUUCCACCAAUAACCCCACAAACAGUGAGCCAUGGUUGAUCAAGCAUGGUGAUUUCAACAGGUUUUACAUAGGAGGUGACACUGCAGGUGCUAAUAUUGCAAAUAACAUAGCUCUUCGUGUUGGUGGUGGGGUUGAGACUUUUCCUGGGGAUGUGAAAAUAGCGGGUGCACUCCUUGCUUUUCCAUUGUUUUGGAGUUCUAAGCCAGUUUUGUCAGAACCUGUUGAGGGGCAUGAACAGAGUUCACCCAUGCAGGUGUGGAACUUUGUGUACCCAGAUGCACCAGGUGGCAUAGAUAACCCAUUGAUCAACCCUUUGGCUCAUGGGGCUCCUAGUUUGGCUACCCUUGGGUGCCCCAAGAUGCUGAUUUUUGUUGCAGGCAAUGAUGACCUUAGAGACAGAGGAAUUUGGUAUUAUGAUGCUGUUAAGAAAAGUGGGUGGCAAGGUGAGGUGGAACUCAUUCAUGUCGAAGGAGAGGAACAUUGCUUCCAAAUCUACCAUCCUGAGACUGAGAACUCUAAAAAUAUGAUCAAUCGCAUUGCUUCUUUCCUUGUUUGAACACAAUCUUAUGAUGUAAUUUUUUUUUUUUUUUUUAUGUUUGUGGGAAAUUGAUGGAUUAGGGUUUAUUAAUUAGUGGUAAUAAAUUGGAGAAGGGUUGCUGUA